ACUUACUGGACACGUCUCGUUCAAGGGUCAUCCUUGGGAAUUUUGGCAUCAGUCCCAGUGGUUGCUAAUGUAAACUGCUCUGCGGAACAAAACUGAAGUUUGAAACCUUUCUCUUCUCUUAAUAAACCUAAUUAUUAUUAUUUUUUCAGCAGACUGUUCGCCUUCUAAUCUUAUUCUUGAAUUACAUGUCGACUUUGAAGAAUAAGGGUAAGAGGCCUAUUGUUCAUGAUAGUCAUGAUCCACCCAUUAAGAAAAGAUCUACUAGUAGUAGCACCCCAAAACUUACCACAAGAAUUUCUAGCAGCAAGUCACAAGAGCAGGAAAAUGCAACAGAGACGGAUGUUAAGGUUCCAGAUACGAGUUCCAAAAAGUUAUGUGACAAUCAUUUAGUUAAAAGAAGAACGUCCGUUUCAAGUUCUUGCAAGACUGAAAGACAUCAGUCCUCAAACUCCAAAAAUGAUGGCCCUUCUUUUGUAUGUGAAAUCUGUGUUGAACACAAGACUGCAAAUGAUUCAUUUAGCAUCCAGGGCUGCUCUCAUGCAUAUUGUACCAGAUGCAUGUCUAAGUAUGUGGCCUCAAAGUUGCAGGAAAACAUUAUAUAUAUUCGUUGCCCUUUAGCAGACUGUAAAGGUUCAUUAGAGCCUGAGUACUGUCACAAGAUACUCCCUCAAGAUGUGUUUGAUAGGUGGAACAAAGCUUUGUGUGAGGAUGUUAUUCCUGGGGCUCAAAAGUUUUAUUGUCCAUUCAAAAGUUGUUCGGCGCUUAUGAUUACUGAUGGAGAAGUUAUAAUGGAAUCAGAGUGCCCGCAUUGUUAUAGAUUGUUUUGUGCCCAAUGUAAGGUUCCUUGGCAUGCAGGGAUUAGUUGUGCUGAGUUUAAGAAGUUGAAUAAGAAUGAGAGCAGCAGUGAAGAUAUGAUGUUGAUUAAGCUUGCAGAGAAGAAGAAAUGGAAGAGGUGUCCUCACUGUAGGUACUAUGUUUCGAAGAAAGAUGGUUGCAAUAAUAUGAAGUGCAGGUGUGGACAUUCAUUCUGUUACAAUUGUGGAACUCUCUCAAGUACUACUAGUCAUUUGUGCGCCAAGUGCAUGCAUUAAAUUAAUUCUUUACUUGGUCAUGGAGACUGGUCUUUUGUAAUGUGAAUAGUUUUGUUUUUCUGGGAUGAUGUUGAAAAUUCCAAACUAGAUAUCACCAUGUAGUGUGUUGGUGGGGAAAUUUUUGUUUUAAGAUGUAAAAAUGAAUGGAAGAUGUACUUCAUCACCUCCCUUUUUGGAUUUGAAAGUUGGUUAUAAUUAAUAUGCUAGUUCUGGAUAUGUCAAGGUUUAUGUUGAUUCGCAAUUACAGUAGUGGAGGGAAUUUGGAAAG